AUGAACUCUGGGGGCCUGAGGAACCAGCGGGGCAGCGGCGGCGGCGCCCGGGUGGGACUGUGCCUGCUGUGCGGGCUGCCCGCGGCCGGCAAGUCCACCCUGGCCCGCGCCCUGAGCCGCCGGUUACCGCAGCGCCGGGGCUGGGCCUGCGCGCUGCUCACCUACGACGAGCUGAUCCCGCCGGAGGCCUUCCGCCCGCGCGUGCCGGGGGCGGGCCCGCACGAGCCGCCCCCAUUGCUGCCUGGCUGGAAGCAGAGCCGCCGCGAGCUGCUGCAGUGUCUGGAGGGAUUCCUGCGAGCGCUGCUCACCGGGACGCCGCUGCCCGGUCCCGCGCAGCCGGGCUGGGAGCGCUUCCUGGGCUGCUGCCACCGGCAGGGGCUGCUGCCUGCCGCGGAGGGUGAGCCCGGAGCCGCCUCCCAGCCGCUCCUCCUCCUGCUGGAUGACAACUUCUAUUACCAGAGCAUGCGCUACGAGCUGUACCAGCUGGCCCGCAAAUAUUCCUUGGGCUUCUGCCAGUUAUUUUUAGAGUGUCCACUGGAACGCUGCCUGCAGAGGAAUCGCCUCAGAAGUGAUCCUGUGCCUGAGCAGACAAUACAAUUAAUGGCAAGGAAAAUAGAAAUGCCAGAUCUCAGGAAAAACGCUUGGGAGCAGCACAGCCUCAUUCUGAAUAGUUCUGAUUGCAUCUCAGAGGAUGAUGAGCAGAUCAUGAACUUGCUGGCCACUGCUUUGGAAAAUCCAGAGAGGCCAAACGAGGAGGACACAGAGCAAAAGGAGGCAGCUCGAGCCAUCUGUGCAGCCAGUGCUGUCCAUCAGGCUGACCAGGCGUGCAGGAGAGUCAUCUCUCAGGCAAUGCAGGAUGCCAAAGGUAAAAACGUUCUCCCAAGUGACAUGAGGAGCCUGGCAGAAGAACUCAACAAACUGAAAGCACAAUUUUUGGAAGACUUAAGGCAAGGAAAGACUUUGAAAACCCAAUAUUCUGACCCUGCUACAAGUGUUAUUUCUUCAUUCCAACAUGAGACAACCAAUGUAGUAAAUAAAUACAUUUUAAAAUAAUGACACAGAGAAUAUGUUGGGUAUUUAGGAGUUUCAAAUGCAGUCUCUGAGCACUCUGCUGAGAGAUCUAAGGUGCAGCUCCCUUCCCUGGAGCCCCUGUGCCUCCUCUCCCCACGAUAUGGAAGAGUUUAAUCAAGUCUAACCAAGCUGUUCU